UUGUUCUUGAGGCAGGCUGCAAAAAUUCUUGCUAAUUUAAUUGUAAUGGGCUCUUCUAUAUUGGCAAGGGCAUUUGUUCAAGCAUAUCGUCAGGCAUUGUCCAAUGCCUCGAAGAAUGGUGUUGCUCAAGAAGCAGUGCAGAAUAUUAAAAGAUCUAGCAAAACCAUGACGGAAGCAGAGGCAAGACAGAUUCUUGGUGUCACAGAGGAUUCAUCAUGGGAAGAAAUUGUGCAGAAGUAUGACAACUUGUUUGAGCGAAAUGCUAAAAACGGGAGUUUUUACCUUCAAUCAAAGGUACAUAGAGCUAAAGAGUGUUUGGAAGAAGUUCACAAACCAAAAGAACCAGAAACAAAAUAAGAAAUUUUGUGCUGAUGUUUAGUGUAUAUUCUUGCUGCUAAUGAUUUACCUGGCUAGUUCCUUGGAUCUUUGUCGAAAAUUUUAUAUUUUGGUGACAGCAGUUGAGGUUUCUGUUCAAGAACUUCAAUGUAGUGAGUGUGUUAAGACACAUCACAACACAACACAACACAACACACUCACACCAUUGUAGUAUACAUGUGUAUAAAGGGAUCAAUUUCUUGAGUAGCUAACAAAAAAAGAAGUUGAAAAAACUUGAUGACAUUUUCGCCCAUUAUUUUAAGUUGUAUUCAUUA